CUGUAGAGCCCCAAACCCCUAAAACCCCCAAGCUCGUUUGCGCCUUAACCCUUAAACCCUCACCGCCAAAGCCGUCGACCCAAUCACCAUCUUCCUACGACCUCAACGGCGCCGUUUCUUCUGCAACUCCCAUUGAUUCGACAAUGGCCUCCGACGAACUAGACGGCGAGGUCAAGACCUUCAAGAGCUUGGGGCUCUGCGACCAAUUGGUCGAGGCCGUUGCGAAGCUGGACUGGCAAAACCCUACCCCUAUUCAAGUCGAAGCAAUCCCUCAUGCCCUAGAAGGAAAGGACUUGAUCGGACUCGCCCAAACCGGGUCGGGUAAAACCGCUGCUUUUGCCCUUCCCAUAUUGCAAGCUCUCAUUGAUUCUCCUCAUGCAUUUUUUGCUUGUGUUCUCGCCCCAACUAGGGAGCUUGCAAUUCAGAUAUCUGAGCAGUUUGAAGCUUUGGGGUAUGAGUUUGGUGCCAAGUCCGCAGUGCUUGUUGGAGGAGUGGAUAUGGUCCAACAGACUAUUAUGCUUGCAAAGAGGCCACACAUUAUUGUUGCUACACCUGGACGCCUCAUGGAUCAUGUAUCCAACACAAAAGGAUUUUCUCUUCGCACAUUGAAGUAUUUGGUUCUAGAUGAGGCAGACAGAUUGCUUAAUGAGGACUUUGAAAAGACACUUGAUGACAUUCUGAAAGUCAUCCCUCGCGAACGGAGAACAUAUUUGUUUUCUGCUACCAUGACUAAAAAGGUCAAGAAGCUGCAAAGGGCUUGUCUAAGGAACCCUGUGAAGAUUGAAGUAGCAUCUAAAUAUUCUACCGUUGAUACACUAAAGCAGCAGUAUCGUUUUCUGCCGUCCCAGCAUAAGGACUGUUAUCUUGUAUAUAUUCUGACUGAGAAGUGUCAAUGUACAACUAUGGUUUUUACUCGUACAUGUGAUGCAACACUCCUAUUGGCUACGAUGCUUCGAAAUCUUGGCAUAAGAGCCACCCCUAUUAGCGGUCAUAUGAGCCAGUCAAAAAGACUUGGUGCCUUAAAUAUGUUUAAAGCUGGAGAGUGUAAUGUACUUAUCUGCACUGAUGUGGCAAGUAGAGGAUUGGAUAUUCCAUCGGUGGAUAUGGUUAUUAAUUAUGAUAUUCCCUCAAAUUCUAAGGAUUAUAUUCAUCGAGUAGGAAGGACUGCUCGUGCUGGACGAUCUGGGGUAGCAAUCUCACUAGUGAAUCAGUAUGAGUUGGAGUGGUAUAUACAGAUAGAAAAGCUUAUCGGCAAAAAGUUACCUGAAUUUCCUGCUCAGGAAGUGGAGGUGCUUCAAUUUUUAGAACGUGUCACAGAGGCCAAAAGAUUGGCCACCUCGAAAUUAAAAGAAAAAGGAAGCAAGAAGAGGAAGGGAGGAGGAAAUGAAGGCGAGGACGAUGUUGAUAUUGGAAAGUAUUUAGGUCAGAAGGAUGUCAAGUCCAAAAAGUUCACAAAAAGAUGAGAUUGCUUGCAGCUCUUCCAAAUUUUGACAGAAUGGAAUUUUUUCUGUGUAGUGUACCAUCUUAACAUUUGUGUAUCUGAAGAAAAAAUGAUCAUCAGUUGACAUUUUAUUUUUCAAUUGGAACAAGAAAUUGGACAAUUUAUUUCUUCAAUUGUGUUUUCUCACUAGUUUGGUUUCAGCUUAUGAUACUAGGGACUAAUGCUUAUUCUCCUCUUCGUAGGAUGUGUACUCCAUGGGAAAAAUGAAAUUGUUCAUUAAAGUUG